UGUGACUUCUUCCAUGCAUUGUGCAGAUGGGAAGCAUGAAUUUUCCAUGUUUCUUCGUUCUUUUUGUGUCAGUAUUUUCUUCUGUAUCUCUGGGGUUUGAAUGUGCUGGAAAAGGCGCAGAAAAUAGUGGAGAAAAGCUGAAUGUUCACAUUGUAGCUCAUACUCAUGACGAUGUUGGAUGGCUGAAGACUGUUGACGAGUAUUAUUAUGGAGCCWWCAACUYMAUWCARCACGCCGGUGUUCAGUACAUCUUAGACUCAGUCAUUCCAGCACUGAAUGCAGAUCCCAACAAGAGAUUUAUCUAUGUAGAAAUUGCAUUCUUUAAGCGUUGGUGGGACCAGCAAGACGUCACUAUGAAGGAAAUCGUGAAGAAACUUGUUUUGCAAAAACGACUGGAAUUUAUUAACGGUGGAUGGUGUAUGAAUGACGAAGCAUCAACACACUACAAUGCAAUCAUUGAUCAAAUGACUGUAGGAUUAAAGUUUAUUAAAGAUACAUUUGGAGAUGAUGCGCGGCCUAGAAUCGCCUGGCAUAUUGACCCGUUCGGACACUCGAACGAACAAGCUUCGUUGUUUGCGCAAAUGUCAUUUGAUGGUUUCUUCUUUGGACGCAUCGACUACGCUGACAAAAAAGCAAGGCUCCAGGAUCAGCGCAUGGAAAUGAUUUGGCGUGGAAGUAAGAGUGGAAAUCUCGGUAAAARUUCAGAUAUUUUCACUGGUGUGCUGUACAAUGGCUAUAAUCCUCCUCCCGGGUUUUGCUUUGACCAGUUUUGCAAAGACCAGCCAAUGAUGKCUGAUCCYAAUCURCAGGAUAUGAAUGUGAAAGAGAAGACGGAAGACUUUAUUGAGUAUGUCUGUGAUCAGGCAAAACAUUACAAGAGUAACAACAUCAUGCUUACUAUGGGAUCAGAUUUUAUGUACGAGAAUGCUAACCUGUGGUUCAAGAAUCUUGAUAUUUUAAUGAAAUAUGUCAAUCAGGAUAGCAGAGUUCAUGCCUUUUAUUCAACACCAACAACCUACCUAGAUAUGGUCCAUAAUAGCAAUUUGACGUGGGGAUUAAAAACUGAUGAUUUCUUUCCUUAUGCUGACUGUCCUCAUUGUUACUGGACUGGCUACUUCACUAGYAGGCCAGCACUCAAGAGAUAUGUGCGAUACAAUAAUAAUUUAUUACAGGCCUGCAAACAACUAGAGGUUCUCAAUGGACCUUCACAAUCUGGGUAUCCAUCAUCUGACCUGCUUCAAAGGGCCAUGGCAGUUGCACAGCAUCAUGACGCUGUCAGUGGCACAUCUAAACAACAUGUUGCUGAUGACUACGAUAAGAGACUUUCCAUUGGGGCAGCUAGCUGCCAGGCCUUCAUCAGCAAUGUCCUUGGAAAAUUCUCUACUUUUGACCAAGAAGGCGAUGUCCCAGUUUUUACAUUCUGUGACCUUCUUAACGUCAGCUCGUGUGCUUUGACUGAAUCAAGCAAGAACUUUGUGGUGACCAUGUACAACCCACUUGCUCGUGACGUUGCUACAUACGUUCGUCUUCCGGUUGUGUCGAGUUCAAUGGCCGUCUUCGACCCUCAAGGCGGACCAGUUGAGAGCCAAAUUCUACCAAUCUCAAAAGAGACUAAAGAGGUGCGCGAUCUUCAGCAUUUGUCGAAAAGUACUUCGAGUUACGAGCUUGUCUUCCAGGUCAAGCUACCUGCUCUCGGCUAUGCAUCGUACUUUGUAAGUGUUGGCAAUACAAGGCAGACAUUAAUGUCAUUCAACCCUGUGGCACGCUCUGUGGACGAGACCUUGUCCAUUGAAAACGAGUUUGUAAAACUUGAGUUUUACAAAGGUCUUAAACGAGAUCUUCCACAAAAUAUUCACUUAUUGACGCUGGAGACAAUGGACCAACAUGCUCUUAUUCGCGUUGAACAUCAGUUUGAAGCCGGUGAAGAUGCCAAGCUAUCCCUUCCUGCAAACAUCAGCUUUGAUGGACUGUUUUCUGAUUUUGACGUGAUUACAGUAGAGGAGCUUAAUCUUUCUGCCAACCAAAAAUUAAGCAACAAAAAGCCAAUGAAUUGGGUGAUAAAAACACUGAAAAACUUCAAGAAGAGAUCUAGCGUUGAGAAAUCUCCAAAAGAUCAAAGCUCUUCUAUGGAAGUAAAACCAAUGGAAAUUCGAACUUUCAGCGCUUCCAUCAAAUAUACAACACGCUACAGAAGGAAUAAAAGAUUCACGAAAUUUUUAAAGCGUCACAACUAAUUGAAUAUGCUAUUAUUAUGAAAUCAUCGCCAAGAAAAUGGACAUUGUAUCACAAAUUGUGAAUUUUGCAUGGUAUACUGCGUGAUGUUGUAAUUUACGUCAAGCCCUUUAUUAGAUUGAUAUGUUUUAGUAAAUUAUUGGUUUUCGCUUUUUUGGAAUAAUUUGUGUUUUUUGUAAAACUUAUUUGUAAAGUAUAAAUAUUUGAAAUAUUGGUGAAACUUUAUGUGCAGACAUUGUUGAUGGGCAUUGGGAAUAGAUGAAAUUUAAUAAAAUAUUUGGAAAGCUAA